GUUAAUGUGAAUACUUUGCUAAUAACAUUUAACUUUAACAUUAAAAAGAAUCUUUUUUUCAAAUAAAUUAUUUUAUUAGAGAAACCCGAUCUACUAAUAUAUUACUUUUUAGGUUAGUUAAAAUAUCUCAUUUUUUGUUUGGGCUAAUUAGUGUAAUCGUUGGAUUAAUAGGAACGAAAUAAGAAAAGAAAAUGGAUAAUGAAAUGGUAUAUUUUAUACGAAUCCUUUUGCUGAUAUUUAAAGGAGGGAAGAUGGUGUGUAAAGGAAUACUUGACAAGGAGCUAAAGGAUGCAGGCGUGUCACUAGACCAGAUUCUUAAAGAACAGGAGGAGAAACUAAAAAAUAAGAUCUUAAGAAUUCAACACUCAUUGUUAUUUCCACGAAAUGAUCGAGUAAAUCCAGGAGAUUUUGAUCUUUCUCUGCUGAUUGUUGUUUUACUUGACGUGAUGAAUAUGCCUGAAGAAAUAAGAAAACUCAUCAAAACUAUCAAAGAAAACCGAGACGAGAUUAUUCAUGGUGGUAAGGUGGCGUUGACCCAAGCUACUUACGAAAGUAUGAAAGCUUCUCUUACGGAUUCGUUGCCAAAGUUAGGAGAGAGUCUAUCGGAUGAUAUUCAAGUGGAGCUUUCACAAAUGAUCCAGGAAUUUUUGACAGAGCCAUUUGGCGGGCGAGCAGCGCUUAGAUAUGUCGAUGGCAUGAAAAACGAAGAGGAAAUUCUUCAAUGGGUUCACUCAAAAGUUGAAGAAUUAGUCGGAGAAAUAACAACACAGGAAUGUCAGAUGAUAGAGAAUAUGAAGCAAGACCAAGAAAUUGUCUUAGAUAAACUGAUACAAACUAUGGAAGAAUUUAAUGAAGAUAAGAAGACUUUUAAUGGUCCAAAAAAGCGCGAAACUUCGACCGACAUAAACUGUAUGCGAUGCUUUGAAAGUUAUUUACUAAACUCAGCUGUUUUUUACUGUGCCACUUGCAAAAUAUAUUUAUGUGAUGACUGCCACACAGAGACACAUACAAAAUCUCUGAAAAUCUCUAUGAAAAAUCAUCACAUUCAAAAUGCUGAGGCUGCAGCUGAAACCGUUGAUAUGAAAGGUAUGGAUAUUUGUGAUACACAUAAUGAAAUAAUUACGUACUACUGCAAAAAUCAUAAGGAGUUAUGUUGUGACAAAUGUAAGAAUAACAAACAUGACAAUUGCCAUCAACUUGAUGAAAUAGAGAAAUUCGCUCAGCAUUCUUUUAAUGAGGAGCUCAAUCCCGUGGCUGAAAUAGAAAAACUUCAAAGACAAAUAGGGCAAUGGAACAAUGGAUGACAGCAUUGAAGACAAAAAUGGACAAACAGUUAUUAAAACUUCCAUCAAAAUUGCAAGAUAAGAGAACACAAAUGCUUGAAGCUUUUGAUAAGAAGGCAACAUUACUAGAAACGAAUGCAGAAAGAAUCCAUGAAGAAAAAAUGGGAACAAUUUCAAGAAAUCGAUCUCAAUUUAAAGAGCUUAAUCGAAAGAGUGAUCAAGCUAAAACGUCACUUAAACUAAUAGAGGCUUUAGGCAGUGCAGCGGAAAGAUUUAUUGCUCGACAUUACCUUAACAGUCAGUUUAAAACUUUUGUGGUAUUUUUUGAUAAUAUCAAAGAAAUGUAUGAAAGUGGAAAUGAAUUAGAUGAUUUUGAAAGUAUUGAUAGUCUCCAUGACGAUCUUGAAUCACUAUCCUUAAAUGAAGCAAAUUGUAAAGAUACUUGAAUAAAAAUACACAUGUAUCAUCAAACCACAUGUUUUAUAUAGAUACUACCUUCCACAUUUUAAUAAAGCUUUAGCACACAUG